CUUGGGCUGCUGGGCCGUAUCUAAUAUGGGCUGCUAGUGCUAACGAACGUAAGGCUGACUCCAACAAGGAUUGGCAUACAGAGCAUGCAAAUGGAGGAUAUAGCUACCGGUUGAGAAAUAGCUACCGUAGGCAUUUUGACUUUGCUCCAACAGCAUAGGCAAAGAGGCACCUCCAUUCCCCUGGCAGUUGGCUCGCGGGCUCUGGUGGAAGUCCGCCGCACGCCGCCUGCCUGUCACCGGAUCCGGCGAUUCCAGCACGUCGCCUCUUCACUCUUGAACAUGGCUUGGAGGUACAUCAAGAUGGGGAUGUGUGGUACGUCUACCGCAAACCGUCGGGAAGAGGAAGAACUCAAAGCCGCCGCUGCUGCAGUGGCAUUGGGAGUAGGCAAUAAACGGCGGUGGGGACGAUCUUUUUUUGGUCAUGCUGUGAAGAAUCGAAAAAGAGAAGAGGUGAACGAACAAAUCAUGCGAUAUUACUUCAAUGAGAAUGCAUUGUUCGGCGAGGAAGAUUUCAGGCGCAGGUUCAGAAUGCGGAAGUCUUUGUUUCUACGCAUUGUUGAUGAUGUCACAAGAAGAAACAAGUAUUUCAAGCAAAAACGAAAUGCAGCAAAGAAGUUAGGUUUCACUCCAAUUCACAAGUGCUUAAUUGCAAGCAGAAUGUUAGCGUAUGGCGGCGCUGCAGAUGCAUUAGAUGACACAUACAAAAUGGCAGAGACAACCGUUCUCGAGACCCUGGUGCACUUUGUCAACACUGUCAAUGAUGUGUAUGGUGAAGAGUACUUGAGGCCACCACGUGCUCAUGAACUUCAAGUCAUUCUACAACAGAAUGAGGCCAGAGGUUUCCCAGGCAUGAUUGGAAGUAUAGAUUGUAUGCAUUGGGAAUGGGAGAAUUGUCCCACAGCAUUGGCUGGGAUGUUCAAGGGUCAUAAACCCAAACCUACUCUUAUACUUGAGGCAGUAGCAACUCAAGAUCUUAGGAUUUGGCAUGCUUUUUUUGGGCUACCAGGUUCUCACAAUGACAUCAAUGUCUUGCAUCGGUCUCAUGUGUUUGAUGAUUUAGCUAAUGGUAGGACACCAGAGGUUGAGUUCUGGGUAAAUGGCAAUCCCUAUACCAUGGGAUACUACUUGGCUGAUAGAAUUUACCCAGACUGGGCAACUCUUGUUAAGAUUGUGAGUGCUCCGGUGACCAUGAAACACCAAGUGUUUGCAGCUACACAAGAGUCAUGCAGGAAGGAUGUGGAGAGGGCAUUUGGAGUACUUCAAUCAAAGUUUAAGAUCAUCCAUAACCCUGCUAGGCUAUGGAGGCAAAGAGACCUGAAUGCCAUUAUGCGUGCAUGUGUUAUUCUUCACAACAUGAUCAUAGAAGACGAGCGCAACAGUUACCUCAAUGCAGCUGACACACAGGGAUUUGAAGGGCCAGCAGAUCCUCCUGUACUGCAGAACCGAGAUGUGCCAGAGAUCGAUCACCUCAUUGAUGCAUACAACUGCAUAAAAAGCAAGGAAACAAGUCGGCAACUACAGUGGGACCUCAUAGAACACAUAUGGAGUCAUUAUGGUGCAUCAACAGGCCCAUUUGCAGGAAGUUAG